AUGAAGUUAGUAUACUCUGGUUAUCCACUAGAGAGAAUCGUCUCUGACAUACUAGAGAGAGUCGUCUCUGACAUACUAGAGAGAAUCGUCUCUGACAUACUAGAGAGAAUCGUCUCUGACAUACUAGAGAGAAUCGUCUCUGACAUACUUGGAGAGCUACCUCUGACAACUAAUGGAAACAGAUACGUUCUAGUUGUUGCAGACUAUUUCACAAAGUGCACAGAAUGUUUUGCAAUACCUAAUAUGGAAGUGUCAAGGGUUGCUGCAAAGAUUGUCGAGGAGGUGAUUGCUAGGUUUGGAGUACCAGCAGUAGUACACUCAGAUCAAGGCCCGCAGUAUGAAAAUACUCCUCCAUAUCAUCCCCAGUCUGAUGGGAUGGUUAAGUGUUUUAAUAGAAAACUUACAACAAUGCUCUGUGCUUUUGUGAGCGAUCAUCAUACAGACUGGGAUGUGCAUUUGCCUUUCAUUGUGAUGGCCUACCGAAGUUCUGUACAUGAAACAGGCAUAACACCCAACAUGAUGAUGUUUGGAAGGGAAGUGGCUACUCCUUUAGAUCUCCAAUAUGAGAUGUCAUCUCAAAUAAAAGAGACGCCCAGCAAUAAAUGGGUAUGGGGAUUCCAAGAAGGUCUUGAAAAUGCACAUGCAUUUGUUAGGAAUAAGAUGAACCAGUCAAUGAUUAGACAAGAACACUACUAUGACUGCAAAAGUUUGAUUAUGGUGACGAAGUGUAUGUUUAUUUCCCAAGAAGGAAACCUGGGACAUUAG